CAGUCACGCAGUCGAAUGGGGGCCAUACAUUGAAAGAAUUCGUUUUAAAUUACCAGUAACCAUCCACCCAUCUCCAUCUGCAUGUCAUUGACACGAUAUCCAGCCUAAAUAAUGGCAACCACAAAACAUCGCGUCAGCUUUAGUGCACGAGCUGCAGGCACUCCGAUUGGUCGGCCGAUGACGCGUCACAUCCUCUAACCUAACAGGGUAAUGAACCGGAAGUGAUUUAAUAGUAGUCAUGUGUCAUGACCAUCGCCUUGUGCCCUCGGACGUGUGUUCCAGAUGGGAAAGGAUGGGAGAUGGCCGGAGCGGCGGCGGCGACAGCGAGCGGCCGAAUCAUUCUGCGCCCGGCGCGUAGGGGUAGACGGCCGUAUGCUCGGGUGGUGGCAGGCGCCCCGCCCACACCGGUUCCCGCACCGCAGGCUUCGAAGCGGGCGUGCCCCAUACCUGUGCCCCGGAAGGCAAAGGUGCACGCUGCCGGGGUAGCGCUGCCUGCAGCAGUGGCAACCACCGAGCGCACGACGUCGGCUCCAACGACGGAGCGUGUGGCAUCGAAGGGAGCGAAACGUGCGGCGAGACGGACCGCAGCGGCGGCGAGACGAGCGUCGGCUGCGACGAGACCAGCCCCAUCAGCUGCGUGGGGUCGAGCGCCAGCGGAGUCGUCCGCGUCCGCGGCCGAAUCAAUGAUGUCAGCUGAAUCGCGGGCGGCCUCCAUGGCUGUAGAGCCAGCGGUUGCGGUCGGCUUGCCGCGUAGUGAUCGGGCCGCGUUCAGGGAGUUCUGUACCUUGUGGGGAAACCUGCCGGAUAGGGCUCUUGGGGUCUGGGACAGUCCGGAGUUCAGCAGUGCGAGUGGCGCACCGGCACCGGAGCUCGUGCACCAGAUGGGGAUAGUGCAGUUGCACCAGGCCGUUGCCUGGGCCCAGGCCCAACAACGCAUCGCGCAUCAGGUCGAGAACGCAGUCCUGGCGGAGCUCAAGCGGAGGAUGGAGACCACCCUGAGCUUGUGGCACCCCGGGGACGAGACGUCACAGCAGUAGGGCAGCUGCGUUUUUUUAGGGCGCCGGUGCACCGCCAGGAAGGCUUUUGGGAUCGUCCUGCCGGUCGAUGUUGAAGGGGGGGAGGAGUGUAGCGGUGGCACCGAUCUCUCGCAGAAAUUGUCCGGGCAAAGGCGAACUCUGGGGCGGAACUGGCGUCGGCAAUGGCGGGCGAUUGCUAUGACGUCAACGACGACGCGGCGGUUGCCGGCGGCUGUAUCAUCAUGUAUCGUCAAAAUUCACGUAUCGUCAGCAUAUUGGUUCACAUUUUUCAAGUACGUUUGGUAUAUUGUUGAUGUAUAUGAAUAAUAGUAAUGGACCCUGUACGUAACGUAUUAAGUCACUGUUGACAGUGUUGUCUCAUGUUAAAUGGUAACUACACAUCUGCCUUGUAAUAAAAAACUCUAUAUGACACCA